AGAAAGAUUUAAAGAAAAGAAGAGCCAAGAAAUCUUUCACCUGCACUCAGUGUGGAAAGAGUUUGACAAACAAACCAAGUCUUGAGCGUCACAUGAGAGUUCAUACUGGAGAGAGACCGUACAAGUGUUCACACUGUGACAAGAGAUUCAGUCAGUCUGGAUACCUGAAAACACAUGAGAGGAUUCACACUGGAGAGAAACCGUACACAUGUGAUCAGUGCGGGAAGAGUUUCACACAAAAAGUAAACCUUACGGCACAUAUGAGAAUUCAUACGGGAGAGAAACCAUUCACUUGUGAUCAGUGUGGAAAGAGUUUCACUCACUCAGCAAACCUUAAGGAUCACAUGAACAUUCACACACGAGAGAAGCAGCACGCAUGUGAUCAGUGCGGCAAAACAUUUUUGAGAGCUCCAGACCUGAAGAAACACCUGAGAGUUCAUACAAAGGAGAAGCCACAUUCAUGUUUUUUGUGUGGAAAGAGUUUUUCAUUUCGACAAAAUUUAAAAGUACAUCAGAAAAUACAUACUGUUAUGAGAGAGUACAUGUGCUGUGAGUGUGAAAAGACUUUUACUUCAGCUAAACAUUUGAAACAGCACCAGAGGAUUCACACUGAAGAAACACCUUACGAGUAUUCACACUGUGAUAAAAGAUUCAGUGAUUCAGGAAACCUGAAAACACACAAAAUGAUCCACACUGGAGAGAAACCGUAUCACUGCGCUGCAUGUGGGAAACAUUUCAGUCGUUCAUCUGCUCUACACAGUCAUACAAAAAACAAUCACAGUAAGAAGAUCAUCUUCAGAUCCAGCACUUUCAGGUCUGAUGCCACGUCCUCACCAAAUGUUACACAAUAAUGCAAGCAAUAAAAUAUCAUCUGGAUAAAUCUUUUCUAACCAGCCAUUACAAGUGACAUGACAAAGAAACAUUAUCUAAAGUUUUCACAGUGAAUAAAGUUCA